AUGAGCGGCCACGAUUCCAAGUACUUCUCCACGACGAAGAAGGGAGAAAUCCCCGAACUCAAAGAAGAGCUCAAUUCUCAGUACAAGGAUAAGAGAAAGGAUGCAGUUAAAAAAGUGAUUGCUGCAAUGACUGUUGGGAAAGAUGUCUCAUCUCUAUUCACUGAUGUGGUGAACUGCAUGCAAACGGAAAAUCUGGAGCUCAAGAAGCUUGUUUAUCUGUAUCUCAUAAACUAUGCUAAAAGCCAGCCUGACCUUGCUAUACUUGCUGUAAAUACAUUCGUGAAGGAUUCACAAGAUCCAAAUCCUCUGAUUCGAGCUUUGGCUGUGCGGACAAUGGGCUGCAUUCGUGUUGACAAAAUCACAGAGUACUUGUGCGAUCCCCUUCAGAGGUGCCUUAAGGAUGAUGAUCCUUAUGUUCGCAAGACUGCGGCCAUUUGUGUUGCAAAACUGUUCGACAUAAAUGCUGAAUUAGUCGAGGAUAGGGGUUUCCUGGAUUCUCUCAAGGAUUUGAUUUCUGACAAUAACCCAAUGGUCGUAGCGAAUGCUGUUGCAGCUCUAGCAGAAAUUCAGGAGAGUAGUGCCAGACCCAUUUUUGAGAUUACCACUUCUACCCUGUCAAAGUUGCUUACUGCUCUAAAUGAGUGCACAGAGUGGGGCCAAGUUUUUAUUCUGGAUGCACUUUCAAGAUACAAGGCGGCAGAUGCUCGUGAAGCUGAAAACAUAGUGGAACGAGUUACUCCAAGGCUUCAGCAUGCUAAUUGUGCAGUUGUACUUUCAGCUGUUAAGAUGAUCCUUCAACAAAUGGAACUUAUUACAAGCACUGAUGUGGUACGGAAUCUUUGCAAGAAGAUGGCUCCCCCUCUCGUGACUCUGCUAUCUGCAGAACCCGAGAUUCAAUAUGUUGCAUUGCGGAACAUAAACCUUAUUGUUCAAAGACGGCCGACAAUCCUAGCUCAUGAAAUUAAGGUGUUCUUCUGCAAGUACAAUGAUCCAAUUUAUGUCAAGAUGGAGAAGCUCGAAAUUAUGAUAAAGCUUGCUUCUGACCGCAACAUAGACCAGGUUCUAUUGGAGUUUAAAGAGUAUGCAACAGAAGUUGAUGUGGAUUUCGUAAGAAAGGCUGUACGUGCCAUUGGCCGCUGCGCUAUAAAGUUAGAGAGGGCAGCUGAAAGAUGUAUCAGUGUUCUGCUUGAACUUAUUAAGAUCAAAGUUAAUUAUGUGGUUCAAGAGGCUAUUAUUGUCAUCAAAGAUAUAUUUAGAAGAUACCCGAAUACAUAUGAAUCUAUCAUUGCAACACUGUGUGAGAGCUUAGACACUUUGGAUGAACCAGAAGCUAAGGCAUCAAUGAUCUGGAUAAUUGGUGAAUAUGCUGAAAGAAUCGACAAUGCUGAUGAACUCCUCGAAAGCUUCUUGGAGAGUUUCCCCGAGGAGCCUGCACAAGUGCAGUUGCAACUAUUGACUGCAACUGUCAAACUCUUCCUCAAGAAACCAACUGAAGGACCUCAACAGAUGAUUCAGGUUGUUUUGAAUAAUGCCACGGUAGAGACUGACAAUCCUGAUCUAAGGGACCGUGCAUACAUAUACUGGCGAUUAUUAUCAACUGAUCCCGAGGCGGCUAAGGAUGUGGUGUUAGCAGAAAAGCCUGUGAUCAGUGAUGAUUCAAACCAAAUUGAUCCUUCUUUACUUGAUGAGCUUCUAGCAAACAUUGCCACAUUGUCCUCUGUGUAUCACAAACCACCAGAAGCAUUUGUAACACGUGUGAGGACAACAACACAGAAGACUGAUGAUGAUGAAUAUCCCGAUGGUGCUGAGACCGCAUAUGCUGAAACAUCAUCUUCCCAGAUCGCCGAUGGUUCUGCUUCACCUGCAGGGAAUGUUCCAACAAGGCAAAUGACAACUGCAGCAGCUAGCCCUCCACAACCUGUACCUGUCCCAGAUUUGAUGGGUGAUCUUAUGGGUCUGGACAACAGUGCCAUAGUCCCUGUUGACCAGCCUUCUACUCCUUCCGGCCCACCCUUGCCCGUGGUACUACCAGCAUCAGCUGCCCAGGGUUUACAGAUCAGUGCACAGCUAACACGAAGAGAUGGUCAAAUCUUCUACAGCAUGUUGUUUGAGAACAACACGCAGAUGCCACUCGAUGGAUUCAUGAUCCAAUUCAACAAGAAUUCACUUGGUCUAGCUGCUGGUGGACCAUUGCAGGUCCCACAAUUACAACCUGGGACAUCAGCAACCAUUCUCCUCCCCAUGGUUAUGUUCCAAAAUGUGUCUGCUGGUCCUCCAACCUCGCUUUUACAAGUUGCCGUGAAGAAUAAUCAACAGCAAGUAUGGUACUUCAAUGACAAAAUCCUGUUCCAUGCUUUCUUCAGCGAGGAUGGCAGGAUGGAACGUGGAUCCUUUCUCGAGACAUGGAGGUCCAUCCCUGACACAAAUGAAGUCUCGAAGGACUUCCCAGGCAUCGUGUUGAACAGUGCCGACGCCAUGGUGGAACGUCUAGCUGCAUCAAACAUGUUCUUCAUUGCCAAGAGAAAGCAUGCAAACCAAGACGUCUUCUACUUUGCGACCAAAAUCCCUCGCGGAAUCCCUUUCCUGGUCGAGCUGACCACAGCCAUAGGUACUCCGGGAGUGAAGUGUGCAAUCAAGACUCCCAACCCUGAAAUGUCUCCGCUCUUCUUCGAGGCAGUUGAGGCACUCCUCAAGGCUUGA